CGGAUGCUUUCAAUAGUUUUAUUGAAUUUGCAUCGCGAGAAAGAAAGUUACAAGUGGUGUGUCAUGGUAUACUGAAUACCGGUAAAAUUGCGUGGACUUUACUUUCAUCGUAAUAAUAAAGAGCUGCUUUCUUACCGAGGUUUUGAAACAAACGAAAAUGGCGAAGGCAAACGAAAAGAAGAAACAAGAAGCUAAAAAAAAGGGCAAACCUCAUACCCCCGAAUCUUCCAACAUAGACACCAUGUCCAUGAGCCAACGCUGGAACUAUUUCAAGGAGAACAUCACCGUCGAACCGAUGCUGGCCUGCUACAUCAUACCGAGCGUCCUAGCCAGCCUGGCCACCCAAAACCUCAACCUGGAAAAAGCCUGCCGAGUCAAUCUGGCGUACCCCAAAGAGAUAUGCGACGCUCUGACAGAAAGAAGAACAGAAAACUACACUAGCAUAGAAGAAGAGGUCCAGCAGCUGGUAGCUUCCAUGGGUAUCUGGAAAACCAUCCUCCAAAGCGGUCUGCCAGCUUUCCUGAUCAUGUUCGUGGGCUCCUGGAGCGAUAGGUGGGGCAAGAGGAAGCCCUGCAUGCUGUUUCCCAUACUGGGUGAACUUAUGACCGUCUUAGGUCUGAUAAUAUGUACUUUUUUCUUUUACGAGCUGCCCAUGGAGGUGGCUGGGUUUGUGGAAGGAUUUUUUCCUGCUCUCACCGGCGGGUGGUUCACCAUGUUCAUGGGAGUGUUCAGCUACAUCGGUGACGUCACCACCUUGGACGUGCGGACGCUGCGCAUAGGCAUAGUGAACGUGUUUUGUUCUCUCGGGAUCCCCAUUGGACUAGCGCUGAGCGGGAUUCUGUACAAGAAGAUCGGGUUCUACGGGAUCUUCUCGAUUUCGGCGGUGAUGUACGUGGUGGCGCUCUAUUACGGUUACAAACAGAUCAAAGAGCCGAAGAAGAUUGACGUUCCGACGUUGCCGGAUCGACCUUGUGCCUUUUUCAGGGAUUUUUUUGACGUGAGGCACCUGAUGGAUACUUUCAAUGUGGCGUUCAAGGAGGGGAAGAACAAGAGGAAAAUGAAGGUCAUGUUGCUCAUGUUGGUGGUCAUGGUGGUAAUAGGGCCAAUGCAUGGUGAGAUGAGUGUUUCCUACUUAUUCACUAGAUAUAGAUUCAACUGGGAUGAAGUGGAUUAUAGUAUUUUUUCAACAUAUAGUAUGGUUACUAAUCUCAUAGGUACGACUUUGUCCGUGGGAGUUUUUAGUCAUCUCCUGAAGAUUGACGAUGCUAUCAUCGGAAUUUACUCAUCCAUGAGCAAAAUACUAUCUAGUUUUGUGUAUGGUUUCGCUACAACGUCCCUCGUAUUCUAUUUAGGAGCCAUAGUUGAAAUCCUGAAUGGGACAUCCUUCAUUGCCAUGAGAUCUAUCGCCUCGAAACUUGUACCAACGGAGGAACUAGGCAAAGUCAAUUCACUUUUUGGAGCAUGCGAGGCUCUUAUGCCUUUAGUAUACGGCCCAAUGUACAAUGCUACUUAUGCUGCCACCAUCAACGUUAUGCCAGGAGCAUUUUUCAUCCUUGGGGGAUUUCUGACAAUUCCUGCUGUCAUUAUUUUUGCGUGGAUGUAUCUUCAGAAUAGGAAAGAAGCCAAAGCGAACAACAGCAAAGUGAGCACCGAAAAACAAAGGAGCAACUCCAUCAUUGCUGACGUGAUACUGAGCAGUGUUCCUAAAGAAGCCCAAAGCGGCAACCCUGUAGGAUCUCCUGUCAUAAAUGGUUACAGAAGAGCGAACGGGAUCAUACCAGAACAAAAUCAAAAUGGACUGACGAAUCCAGUUUUUGAAAGAGAAGAAAAACCAGACAAAGUUAACAAUGAUGAUAACAAAGACAAGGAAAAUAGAGUUGGUGAUAUUGGCAGUGGUAUCAAUAAUCCUGUUUUUGAAAUGGAUAAUUGAAAAAAAUGGUGCCUAUGGUGCCUUUCAUUCAUGUGAUAAUAAAUUUAAGAAAAGAAAAUAAUUAAGUAGAUUCAGUUCUUCAACUUCAUAGCUACCUAUAUGAACAUACAAUAUUGUGAUUAAAUAGGAUAAUUUAUUUAUAAUGUAUAUUAUCAAUAAGUUGAUUUUACAUAAAUUGAUACAUGAACAAUACACUUGUGUUAGUGAUUUCGAAGACUAAUACAUAA